AUGUUAAGUCCCCCCCCCCAAACAUGACUAUUUUGUUACUUUGACAAGUGAGUUAAUUCACUGUUUGACCUUUAGAGACUCUUGUGUGAAAGCAGAACAGUCCUGUAGAGACACUUCCUUAAUAGAAGAAUCAGCUCAGACAUCUGUGAAAGCUGAGAGUUUGAAGUUUGAAGAGAACCGUGCAGAGAGGUGUGUCUGUGCUCCUUCCUUCAGUACAGUAUACUGCACACUACCAGCAGCAGCUGCCUCUUGACCAGUAUGGGUGGAUGGACUCUGUUCUUUGUUCUGCUUCUGCCACUAACUGUGUGUUUUGGAGACAGAGUGACUCUUGUGAAGACACUCGGGAGCAAACCAGAUGUCACUCCAGUCUGCACCAACAACACAAAACAAGGCAACGACACAGAUAUCAUCACACUUUUAGUGUGUAGGAUCAGAACAGAGAGGAGCAGAGGAGAAGAGUGUCGUCUUCUGUAUCAACAUGGACAGGACUUUGAGUAUGAAUGUGACUCCAGGUUCCGACUCAUGACAGAGAAUCAGACUGUGUUCCUCCACCUGACCAAUUUAACAGCAGAGGACAGUGGGAACUACAACUGUCAGUGUGCAUAUCCUGGUGGAACACUUAUUCUCCAUCUCAACGUCACUGUGGAAGAGGAGGAAGCUGUCGCUGGUUCCACAGAAAGCCUGAUCCCAUGUGUUUUGAUUGGUGUAGCUAUAGUUAUCAUUAUAACUGGAGUUAUCCUGGGAUUUAUCUACAGAGGCAUACAUCAUGGAAGACAACAAGAACCACUGAGCAGUCGUCCUGGCCAGGAGACACAAGACGUUGAACCAUACAGCACCUUCAUACGAAGAGAGAGUGGACUUUACUCAACUGUUAAAAUACAUGGCUCCAACAUUAAUACUAAUAACUCCAACAUGUUUAUGAGCGACACAGACACAGGUUCUGGGAAGUUUCACUUCACACUGUACCCAUCUCCACAUGCAUGCGUUACAAUUUAAGUGUAAUUAGAAUAUUUGCCCACAAGGUGGCACUCUUUUGCUUUGUGAAAUAUGUGCCAGGUACUUAAUUCAUCUGUAGGAGUAUCAGUGUAUUUAACUUGAAAAGUUGCAGACUUAAUAACAAUAAGAAAUAAUACAUAUUAUAUUAUAAUGCAGGGUUUAUCAUUAUUAUCAAUGUAACAGAGAAGAGAUGCUUUUAUUCCAAAUUUUUAUUCACAGUAAUACCCCAGCUUUGUUUUUGUGUUUUGGCCACUUCUGAAUUUGUAAUAAUUUUUAGAUUUUAUGUAAAUUGUAAUAUUGUAAUAUGGGCAGUUCAAUAAAUUUAAAAGCCCUCACUUUUUAUUCACA